AUGGCAGGAGAAUGCAAGUGUUUAUCCUCUCCACAGCCCAGUGACUGGGUGAAGGGGAAAAUAAUAGGAUCGGGAUCAUUUGGGGCUGUUCAUUUGGCCAUGGAUAAAGCCACCGGAUCACUUUUUGUCAUAAAAUCUGCAGAAUCAGAGGCUGGACUUUUGUCACUCGAGAAUGAGUCUGAAAUUCUUGAGGAUUUGGAUUCUCCUUUUAUUAUUAAAUGCAUAGGCAAACAUGUGUCACGUGAAGCAACUGGUGAACGGAAUUAUAAUCUUUUUAUGGAAUACAUGGCGGGAGGCAGUUUAGCGGAUGUUGCAGAAAAUUUUGGUGGGGCGUUGGAUGAGAAAGUCAUAGUUUUGUACACAAGGGAAAUCCUCCAGGGUUUGAAGUAUUUGCAUAAGAGUGGGAUUGUGCAUUCUGAUCUCAAGUGCCGGAACGUGCUAUUAGGCUCAUUAGGAAACAUUAAAUUGGCUGAUUUUGGAUGUGCUAAGAGGUUGAUUGGUUUGAAAAACGAUAAAGUUACAUUACAAUCUUGCAGGGGGAUUGGGGGGACUCCCCUGUGGAUGGCUCCUGAAGUUCUGAGAAAUGAAGGGUUGGAAUUUGCUGCAGAUAUAUGGUCUUUAGGAUGUACAAUCAUCGAAAUGGCCACUGGUAGGCCACCUUGGGAUGGUGAUAUAUCGAAUCCAAUGGCUGCAUUUCUCAAGAUUGCUUGCAGUAAUGAGCUACCGGAGUUUCCUGCACAUUUUUCUCAAGAGGGCUUGGAUUUUCUGCAGAAAUGCUUGGAGAGGAAUCCCGGAAAGAGGUACACAGUUGAAAAGUUGCUUGAUCAUCCAUUUAUAUCGGGGAAGAAGCUGAAAACCCGGGAUUCUAGAGAGCAAGGUGCCCAUUCACCUGCAAGUGUUUUAGCCUUGGGAAUGUAUGAGAAUGAUUGGGAUAAUUCACCCAGUGAUCCCGUUGAUUGCAACCGUAGUAUUCCCUUCUCAACGACAUUCUGUCACUUGGAAAAUAAUGUGUCACAGAAUGACGGAACAAAUGCUGAGUCCUCGGAUAACUGGAUCACUGUCAGGACAAGUUAG